AUGAUUCACGUAGUGAGCGCCUCGUCGCCGGUGCCAUCGGAAAUCUUUGCGCUUCUUGCGCUCCUCGUCAUUUCCGUCAUCGUCCUCCUGAUUCUACGCCAUUUCCUACCUCUACGAACCACUCCCGCUUUCUACUUGGUUCCGAUUUUCUUCGCAUUAUGGCUGCCUGCAUGUAUGGUAUUGCUUGUACCGAUUGAUUUGGCUUCAAGCGCUAGGACCGACGAUGAGGCUACGCGCGGUGUCUGGCUCCCCCAGCGAUUGCUUCUGGUAUCAUGGAGGAUAACGUACUGGCUUACCUUCGCCUUGACAUGGUUCAUUCUUCCCAUCCUCGGCGAAUACUCCGACUCCGGCUACCGCGAACCACAAGAUUGUCUAAAGUACUCGCUCCGUCAAAAUGCACAAUACCACGCGAUGGUGUUUGGAAGUGCCGCCAUCGGCCUCACGUACCUUUUUGCCAGAUAUGGAAUUGGUGCCUUGGAAUUCAAAGCCUCCUUCAUGGCACUCGCAUAUUUCUACGGUUUAGUGUUUGCGAUCUACCUCAUGGGACACGGGUUGGUCUCUGUUCCCCGUCGACUGCUUCGGUAUGCGUCUAUUAGUGGCAGACUCCGCAGGCUACAGAUCCGUGCGCCGAAAUUACACGAGAAGAUGGAGGAUUCACUACUGAACCUGGAGGAUGUGGAACUCCAAGUAUCCGAGCUAGGGCGUCGGAAGACUGGCAGCGCAGUCAAGUUCACCGAGUGGAUCGACGAGCUUGUCGAAAGCGCCAACAUGCCUGAGUCGCAACCGCGGACAGUAGUGGGCGACACUCGUGCCCUGCCGACCGUUAUCACGGAAAAGUUCAUGGCAGACUUAUCAAGAAAGUUGAUGCGAGCCCGGCACACACGGUCCCGUUAUGUGAACGAGUGGAACGAUUUGCUGAAGGACGCCUCUGACACACAGGCCAUUCUGGACUCGGCCGCCUCCAAGAAGCUGGAAUUCACCGCCCCUUCACCCCACGCCGGAUUCUGGGAUCGAUUCACCAUUCACACGCCAUACACCAGAUAUAUUUACUACUACUAUUUCGAGCCCUAUGCCUGCAUCGCCCUGGGUGUGUUUCUGGCAGCAGCUUCGGUUCUGAUCAUAUGGUCCGAACUGGUCAAGGCCGCAUUCCCUCAGCUGUCCGUCAUUCGUCUGACAGUUGUCCAUCACUGGGUCGGAGAGAAGGGCCAGGUUGGUUUCGCCGGUCAACUCAUCUCGGUUCUUUGGCUUCUCUACAUGUGUACGGCAACCUUCAUUACCAUGACAGAGGUGAAGACUUGGCGCGGGCGUGCGCUCGUGAAGCGUAAUACAGCAUAUGAAUCGGCAUUUUGGUAUUCUGGGCAAGUUGCGAAGCUCAGCGUUCCUCUAUCAUACAACUUCAUGACCUUCCUGUCUGGCGAAAUUUACAAGAAGACGCGAUUCUAUGGCUUCCUCGGAACGCUCGUCAACUUUACUCCCCUGGGCCGCUGGGCAGACUACCUUUUCCCCGUUUUUGUCCUGCUCCCAGUGGCAGCCACUCUGUUCGGUCUGUACGGGAAAGUCAAGCGCUUGUUUGGCUUCGACGGCGAGUUCAUUGACGACGACGAUGCAAAUGUCGAUGGACGGGUCUUUGGCACGGGAUCAUGGAGGGAAGGUCGCGAUCUUAUUGAACGUGAACUGGGCGGCAAUUCUGCCUUGCGUCGUCGCGAAGAGGCUUUCGCUAGGCUGGAGUCGGGUGGAAGGUCCGCCCCUGUCCUCACGAUACCUGAUGGACGCAACGGCCUCGUAGCAUCCCCCGCAAGGUCUCCAGUACGGGCCACCAUCAACCGUCAACCGGACCAAUCGUCUCGGAACAGGCCGCACGGUGAUGAACCCGAGGAGGACCAGAACUUUUUCGAGUCUCUGGGUCAUCGGAUGAAGAACACGAUGGAUACUUUUGAGCCUCCGCAAUGGUUCCAAGACAUCAAGAAACCGAAAUGGAUGGGAGGCGACGAUGACGAGCCACGAAACGGUAGCGGUAGCGGUAACGGCAACGGUAACGGUGGUGGCGUCGAGUCUGAUAUCCGACGCUGGUUCGGCGGCGAAGGACGGGUGCGGCUAUGA